AUGGCGAUGAUCCCAGGCCUUGGGAAUGCUGCUCCCACCGCUACAUUCUCAGCCCCGGCAAUUGCAGCAACCGUAGCUGUUCACGAGCUCCGAGCAGAAUCAGAAUGGCGCUUCGAGGUCGCAAUUGGACAGAAAAUUGAAGUUCGAGUCAUGUCAGGAACUGCAGAACUCUUUGGGACUGAGCUGGCCUUGAACCACAUCUACACAUUCUGGGGAACGAAGUCCUCAAUAUACACAUGGCACGGCUGUCGAAUCGAGGUUACAGGAUUGUGCGAGGAAUAUACAGCUGAGGAGACGCCUAUGCUGCAAUACGCCAACACACACUUUGCUUUAGAAAGGCUGCGGGACGAGGCACAGCAGAAGAGAGGGGAGGGCCCGAGAGUACUUCUGGUUGGGCCGAAUAAUUCUGGCAAGACGAGUUUAGUGAAGUUAUUGACAGCAUAUGCAAUACGAAUGGGGAGACAACCAAUGGUCAUCAAUACAGACCCUAGAGAAGGAUUGCUCUCAAUACCAGGAACCUUGACAGCCACUCCGUUUGCUUCGAUCAUCGAUGUUGAGCAAGGGUGGGGCAGCAGCCCGACAAGUACCUCGAGUCCAGUCCCUGUGAAGCUACCGCUAUGUUAUUACUAUGGAUUGGCGAGCCCGGAAGACAAUACGAAGCUUUACAAGCCGAUAGUGACAAGGUUGGCUUUAGCAUCAACAAGCAGGCUGGCCGAGGAUCAGAUCAUCAAGGAGACAGGAAUGAUUAUUGACACCCCUGGAAUCAUCUGUCAAGGAAAGGGAGGCUAUGAUUUAAUAUCACAUAUUGUGUCGGAAUUCUCAGUCAACACCAUUCUGGUAUUGGGCUCAGAGAGACUACAUAUUGAGAUGCAAAAGCGGUUCUCCGGUCAUAGAACAAGUACAGGCGAAUCUAUCACUCUCGUCAAGCUGGACAAAUCUGGUGGUUGUGUGGAUCGAGAUGAUACGUUCAUGCAACAGACACAAGAGGCUGCCAUCAAGGAAUAUUUCUUUGGUGAUUCGAAGAGCACAUUGAGUCCACAUACUCAACAAAUGGGCUUCGACGAUGUCAUAAUCUACAAAAUCCGAGAAGCGAAUGCGAUGUCGUUCCUACCAGGUGGGAUGGAGGAAGAAGCGACGGGAUUGUACGAAAAGGUUGAGCCAAAUCCGGGGAUGCUACAUUGCAUGCUGGCGGUGAUGUAUGCCACAACUUCAGAUUCGCAAGACACAGUGAGGGAUGCGAGCGUAAUGGGCUUUGUGUACGUAUCAGAAGUCGACGACAAGAAAAGGAGAUUCAAAGUCCUGGCACCUAUGAACACCAGGAUCACAGAUAGACCUUUGAUUUGGGGAAGCUGGCCCGAAGCUUCAAUGAGCGUAAUCGCCUAA